GUGCAGGCUAAACCAUUGAGUAUGACUAUGAGAGAGGCUAGGCCUACAUGUACACACCUAACCAGCUAACGUUAAAAAUUAGAAAACAGAUUUUUUUCAGACCGGCAGUCUCAUCAAGUACCCAGGCUACAUGUAAACUAAAUACCACUCAUCGAUGUCAUCUGAUUCUGAGCGCAUUCGUCAUGUUCGUACGCAUGGCAUCUGAAAAGCCUGGAUGAUGUCUGACAGACGCAGCGAAGUCGCGGCCCUCCUCCACAAAUGGGCAACAGAGGAGAUGAACUUUGUGCCCCAGGGGCGACAUGUGAAUGCACCCAUGCCGACAACACAGGAACUCAGAGGGAUUUGCCGUGGGAGUCUGCUGGAUAUCUGGGAGUUUGUGAUAACAAGGGUGCACUCAGCCCAGACUGCAAGAAAGAUUAAAGGGAACCUGGCACUACAAGCUAGACACCGGUCGGGGACGGGAUACAAAGUCAAGUACAAGGGAGACAGCAAGUACUCCCACGAGAGGGCGGAGUUACUGCAGAGACGGAGGGAGUUGAAGGCCCAGUUGGAAGGCACCAAGUCGGACAUCAAGCGGCUGAGUGGAGACCUGGGGAGACUAGAGUUGGAAAUUCUAUCUGCAGAACAUGAGUACCAAGACGCCUGUUCUGAGAUAUCCGACCUCCAGCACAAACAGACAUUGCUGGGGGCCCAUUCUACUGAGUGCAAGGCCAACACGGCUCGGUAUGAGGAGUACACCAAUCGCAUAACUGGAAAGCUGAACCAUUACAUGGAAAUAAAAAGUGGGCAUGGCCAGUCACUGUUAUUCAGCAAGCAAGGCUCGAACAAAGCCAACGGCACAUUCUCACCAGGUCUGGAAUCGGCAUGCACUAAAGUUGUGCGUGAGUCGUGCUCCGAGGUAGCAGCUUUCCUUCGUCAGAUACUGAAAGGGGACUUUGGUUCCGACUCCAAAGCUUUGACUGAGAGACAGAACCGGACCUGGGCCAGUAUCGAGAACGUCCUGGCAGACCACCCCUCCGAUCAGGUCAUCCGAUCGCUGGCGGUCAUUAGCGAGGAAUCCGCUCAUUCCCUGAGACGGAUCACGAACGGCAUCGACCUGAAAAAAGAUGCUGAGCAACUUAGGUUUAAGCAUGGUAGCAGCGGUCUGUUGGAAGAUGCCUCCACAGCACCAGACCUCAUGCUGAGUGUCCACCAGCUCAUUGAGGAGAAACAGCUGGCCCACAUGCGGACGUUCAUGGUCACAGAGCAGAGUCGGAACACGGCCUGGCGGCUGGAUAAGAGACUAGCCCAGUUAGUCUCUCAGGUCCACAGGAAACUGGACAUAUCACUGUCCAAUCAGCCGGGAGCCUUGGAAAUGGCCAGGACUUUGUUUUCUGCCGAGUUGGAGUUAGUCUCCUCCACAGCCGCUCUUGAGCAGCUUCGGGAUUCCUGCAAGGAGCUUCAGGAGUGGGCCUCCAAGGCCUCUAAGGAGAAGGAUAACCUGUACAGCAAGUACCAGCAGAUUCAAGACUUCAAGAAGUUGACUGAGAAGAAACAGGACCUGAUCCGAGUGUUGGUGAGGCAGAACUCGGAAGCCAAGAAGAAGCUGGAGAUUCUCCGGAGAGAGAAUCUGAUGUACAUGCAGUCUUCACUGUGCAGUCACGAGGCGGGCACUGUCGCCACGGCAACCCAGAUGAAGAAUGGGGUGACGGAGGAGGUAGAGCGGUUUGCCCAGCUUCCGUUGCACUUGCUACGUCUUGUAUCGUUGGACAGUGGACAGAGCAUUCCGGUGAGCCAGCUGUCAAUCAACCGAUUCAGUGGCCAAUCACAGAGCAGUGGAGGCGGGGCUAUCACAGAGGUCGUUCAGCUCUUGAAGUAUCCACCUUACAAGGCUCCGGAGACUUUGCUACCACAUGCCGUUCAGCUGAAAUGUGAAAUAACGGCAGUACAGACACUGCUAGACUCCAAACAUCUACUCCAUACGUCCAUGGCGGAAACCCACACUGAUGAUCGAGCAACCAUUCAAAAUAUCUCAGCCCUGACAAAGGAGGUCAGCUCUCAUGAUGAGGAGCAGCUACGGCAAGUCCUCCCAGUGCUACAAACCAGACUUAGUGAGUCCACGGACACCUUGGCCUCUUGCAUUUCUGUCAAGGAUGCUCUCACAGCUUGGUGGGAGCAGCCAGCUCAGCAUCUUACUCCUUGGGUCAGACUGGAUGACCUCACUUUGCAGCAGUGGCUAGACAAAUGGACAGUGGCCGUAACCAGACUGCGGCAGCUGGGAGUCUAGUGGCUUCAAGUCCGCACUGGACAGUAGGGUCAUGUUUUAGAAUGCGGCAUUGGUCUGCACAUAAAGGCUCCUUGUAGAAUAGCCACCUUGAUAGGGUCAGAUAAAAAGACGGUCACGUGGUCACACAGCGUCCCUUAGAUUACCAUAGGCAAGUGUUUGGCUUGCAAUCAAGUAAUCAUACACUGCGCUCGGUAAACUUCAGAGCAAGGUUUAGUUUUAUUUAAAAAAAAAAAAUUAAAAAAAUUCUUCAUGGCAAGCGGUCACCACCGUGCCAUGUUUGUCGCGAUCAUUUUCAUGCGGUAUUGGGUGCUGGCUCCACAUUUUUCUCCAACUUCUUGCUAUUUAUAAAGCCUUAAAGGCUGGUCUACUAUGUAAAUACAGUGCAUGGCGCUUGUGGUCUUUCUUGAUAAUGGACAUUGUAUAUCAUGUCACAUGGAUUAAUGAGACUACCCGUUGCCUCAAACAUUUCCGGUUCACCACGGCCCCAGCUGACGUGUACACUUAUAGAUUUAUAUUUCAGUGCUAAUUGCUUGCAUUGACAUCAGCGGUUUUCCUUUGCUUUUACACCGUGUGUGAACAGGUCUUGUAUGCCCGCUUGCAAGCCGUGCUUUUUAACAUCAGUACGAUGUCAGUUGCUGAGCUGUAUAAGGUUCCAUACAAGUAACGCAAACUACGUUGGCUCAGUCUAGACCAGAGGCUUGCGAGUUGAAUUUGAAUAAAAUCUGGUACCCUGAGUUAUAUGAUAGCAUAGAAACGUAACAAUUCGAAUUUCC